GCCGGCUGGGGGAGGGGGUGUCGGCGCACCGCAGAGUGCUGUGCUCCGAGAGCCUGGCACCCGGAGCCGCCGCCUCCCCCUCCCCCUGCCGAGACCCCCCGCAGCCCCUUCUCCCGCUCCCGGGGCGGGGCCGGGGGCCAGUGGGCUGAGCUGCCCCUGGCGGGCGGGGCGGAGCUCGGAGCCCCACGGAGCGCUGCGGAGCGAAGCUCAUCUCCCUUCCAGGGCGCAAGUGUGAGUGACUGCCUCAUGUGGUGUUGAUGCCCGUCUGCCAUGCUCGCCUGUCUACCAGGGCCAGCUGACCUGUCCUUUCAGUUUCUUUCUCACACGCAGAUGAACACUGGACUUCAGAAAUGGGACACUACACAGAAAAUGAGAACUGCUCACUAUCCCACCCCAGCCGAAUUGGACGCGUAUGCUAAGAAGGUCGCAAACAACCCACUGACUAUAAAAAUCUUCCCCAACAGUGUGAAGGUUCCCCAGCGGAAACACGUUCGUCGUACUGUGAACGGCCUCGACACAUCCGCCCAGCGCUACAGCCCCUACCCGACCCAGGCUGCCACCAAGGCAGGCCUGCUUGCCAUUGUCAAAGUGCCAGCCAAAAGCGUACUCAAGGACUUUGACGGCACCCGAGCUCGGCUGCUCCCUGAGGCCAUCAUGAACCCCCCAGUGGCCCCCUAUGCUACUGUGGCACCCAGCACUUUAGCCCACCCCCAGGCCCAGGCUCUGGCCCGCCAACAGGCCCUGCAGCAUGCACAGACCCUGGCCCACGCCCCCCCCCAGACGCUGCAGCACCCUCAGGGUAUUCCGCCGCCCCAGGCACUGGCCCACCCUCAGAGCCUCCAGCAGCCUCAGGGCCUGGGCCACCCUCAGCCCAUGGCCCCCACGCAGGGCCUGGUCCACCCGCAGGCCCUGUCUCACCAGGGUCUCCAGCACCCUCCCAAUCCCUUGCUGCAUGGAGGUCGGAAGAUGCCAGACUCAGAUGCCCCCCCGAAUGUGACCGUGUCUACCUCAACUAUUCCCCUUUCCAUGGCGGCCACCCUGCAGCACAGCCAGCCCCCGGACCUGAGCAGCAUCGUGCACCAGAUCAACCAGUUUUGCCAGACGAGGGCAGGCAUCAGCACUACCUCAGUGUGCGAGGGCCAGAUCGCCAACCCCAGCCCCAUUAGUCGCAGUCUGCUCAUCAAUGCAAGCACGCGGGUGUCGACCCACAGCGUCCCCACACCAAUGCCUUCUUGUGUGGUCAAUCCAAUGGAGCACACCCAUGCGGCUGCCGCCGCCUUGCCUGCCGCAGGCCCCGUCAACCUGCCCACUGGCAUCUCUCGUGCCCCCACUGGCUACCCUAGCGACCUCAAGCCAGUCGCCUGGAACCAGCACCAGCUGGCUCACCUACAACAGAUGUGCAGUGAGGCUGGGGGGACGCCGGCCCCGGGCCUCACAGGCAAGCACGCGGCAGGACGCGAGUUAGCAGGGCCUGGCUUUGUGGGCAAGGCCCCUGCCUACCCGCAGGAACUCUGCCUGGCACAGUCCUUCCAUCUGAAGCCAGCCCUGGAGAAACCAACCCCAUCCCCACCAGUCAACGGCUUGGCGGCCCCCCUGGCCUACCCCAAUGGCCACUACUUCCAACCCCUGUGGAACAACAUCCUGCCCACUCCCAAUAGCGACAGCUCGGGGUCUCAGGACCUCGCCAUGCCAUUCCAUGGUGGGCAGCCCACAGGUGCACCCCUCGACUGUGCCGCGGCUGCUGGGGCCCACUACCGCGCCGCAGGGACCGGGGGCGGUCCAGUGGCGAGCCAGAACAGCUUGAUGCAAACAGUGGAUUACCUGAGUGGGGAUUUCCAGCAGGCCUGCUUUCGAGAACAGAGCCUGGCCAUGCUGAGCAAGGCCCACCGCGCUCCCGGCGGCCGAGCCCCUGACCCCACAGAUAGUCGGAGUCUUCAUAUUCAGCACCCCGGGUACAGAUAGGGAGCCCGGGCCGCCCUCCACAAGCCACACGUCAGACAUCACCCCUCUAGGUUAGUCUUACUUUCGAGUAAUUGGAUAGCUUCAAAGUUUCACUGCUCCAAUGUGAUCAUGCUUAGAUGUCUAAGAACAGAAAUUUGGUGGGAUCUACUUGAGAUCAGAGGGGGGCCCUCUGUGCUCUCAUCCUCCCCUCCACUGCCCCCCCCUCAGCAACUUUCGGGUUUUAUGUGAGGGCCUGACCCCAACCCCAGGCUCACCUCUCUGCUGCCUGCUUUUGUCAGGCCUGACACCGCCUCCUGUGAUCCCCGCUGUCUCCGGCCCUGGAGCCUGCGUUGUGCCCCAAGGGGAGCCCCCAGUGAGGGAGCACUUGGCAUCCGUCCAGCCCCCUGAAUUAGGCCUGCCUCUGUCUGUCCCUGUGUGUGUCUGUCUGUCUCUUUGGAACUAAAAAGCCAGGCUUCCCAAGUGCUCUGGAAGUGAAUUCCUUAUUUUCCCAAAGACUCAAAUCAAAACGGACCCAGUCUGCAUCUCCUCUCCAUUCCUCAAGGCGUCCUUACAUCUCCGUGGAUCCCAGAGCCACUGCACUUGUCCUGCCAUAUGCUCCAAGGGCACCCUGCAGGCACUUGGCCAUAGCCUUGAGACACGGGGGGAAAGUCUGUCUUUGUAUUGGCGUCUUGGUUACUGAGCCCCUCUUUCAGUCCUAGAGAAAAGCGGUGACCAUGUAAUAGGCCCAGGACCCCUUUCUCACGGUUGCCUCUUUCCUAACUCACCUGUUGCUCUCAUCCCCCCACACCCACCUCAAAAAGGAAAGAAAGAAAGAAAAAAAGAUGUUACUUGAGGAAUUGGUAGGUAAGGGAUGAUCACAUUGGAGUUUGGAGUUUAAGACACCAAAAAAAAAAAAACACAAAAAAAACAAAAACAAAAAAAAAGAGUUGAAAUGCAUUUGGUUCUCUACACUGGCUAGGAAUUGCUCUACACUGUAAGUUUUCAAUGUCAUGUUUCUGUAUGAAUGUAGUGUGGGUUGAGUAGCAUUGUGUGUGAGUGGCCCCACAGGUACAUUAACCCGCUAGACACCUCCUUUCACAGCCCCCCAGUUUAAUGAAGAAAGAUAGGAGGGGGGGAAACACAAAGCCUUAAGCUCUUUGAAUUCUUCCUUGACCAAGUGGGCAUGAUGCUGAGGGCUGGGACGGGCCUGCUCUGGGAACAGCUCUCCUGCCCUGCCACCAUCCCACGCUCCACGUGGCUCCUGCCCUCGUGAUAGUUCGUUGGCUAGAAAUGAAAAACUUUGCUGUAACCUUAAAUCUAGGUUAUUAUUUGAUUGUAGGGUUUUUUUGUUUUGUUUUUUGCUCCCAGCUUCUGUUAACGAUGCAUAAUUGGGCUCUUUUUUUUUUUUUUUUAAGCCAAAUAAGCCCUACCCUUCCUCUUGUCUCUGGGGAAUGUGAGCUGAUGUUCUUAUUUAAACUUUCUAUGGUUUACCUAUAUUAUCCACUGUUCUUUAGCCAGAAAUUCUCUAGUGAUCUGAAGCGAUGUGACCGAAGACCAGUUGUUAUGUGUUGGCAAGUUGCCUUAUAUUUAAAAAGAGGAAAGAAAAGAAAAAAAAAUGCCUGAUUGUGUUAUGCCAAAUGAUAGCAACAUGCAGUCCUAAUUUAUUGUUCCCAGUAGUUUUCCUGCUGUCUGUGAACACUGGUACCUCCCUGCUCUGGAGCCCAGGGGCACCUGCGGCUUCCGGUGCUCCUGCUCCCUCGCCCUUCUCCCUGCCCUUCUCCCUCGGUGCUGGCCGCCCUCCUGGCCCGGGGCCCCUUCCCCCUUGCUUCUCUGAGUUAAAUUUAAAGAGCACCACUAUCUGCCCUUAUUCCUUGCUUGAUUUCCUAGCCAGAUAUUUUUGCUGAAAACUUUUCCAAUGCCUCUCCCCAAAAGGUGAGCUACCAUAUUAGGAAAUUGGAACAGACACCAACUUGGGGGCUUCAAAUCAAACAACCUCAAACCCGUCUCUUCCUGUGUAGGGGUGCAAGUCUCUGAAGCUCUUACUCCCACCCCUAGUCUGCAUGGAAAAUGUACUGUGACACCCCGCUCCCCUUCUCCCCCCAAAUGCCCUCGCCAUUGGUGUGAGGUGUUUCCUAGUUCACCCAAAGCCCCUCUCCUCUGCCAGCCAACCCCUAACCAGCAAUAAGGGUCCGAGCCAGGGCCUCCUGUCCACACUCCCUGCCUCCAUCCCACACGCCCCUAGGGAACACCGGAUCCCCUUGCUGUCCACAUACUGUAGCAUUCAUUCUCCAUCUCCCUCACCUUCUCACCUGUGGUGGUUUAUGGGUGUGAUGGGGUUUUUAAGAUUAUUAUAAAUCAGUAAAAAAAGAAGAAAAAAAACACUUUUUGUCCUAUUCGUUUAAUGCUGUGAGUGUUUGAGGCAACUUUAAUAAUGGUUUCUGACAUCUCAUUGAUGGGAAGGAAGGUCAUUUCUUGCUUUUAGCUGCGGCCCUCAUCGAAGUAUUCCAAGCCCUGACUCCGGGCCAGGCACCACACCUGAUGGGAGGAAGUUGCCGACAGCUUCCAGGGGCCUGACAGGCUUUCCUGGGUGAGUAUGGAUUGCUGAGCUGCCCUGCAGGGCUGGAGAGUGCUGCCACUUCCUCUCCAAGGACCACCAAACAGCGAGAAAUAGAAAUCUGGUUUGCCAAUCAGUUGAAAACUGAACUUCCCUCCCCCACUUCUAACAUUUUGGAAUUGCAGAGACCCAUUUGCGGCAGAUGGAGGUAAAUACGUCAUGAAAACUGGCCGGCCUGGCAACCUGAAUCUAAUUUGUUGAGUAUUGGAAAAUAUUCCUUAAAUUCUUAGCUCCACCCCACCCCCAUGUUCUGUUGAGUUAGGGCAAAGGUGAUGGAGGGAAGGAAAGAUCCAUAGGAUGGAUAGGACCAUGCUCUGCGGGUAGGACCAUGCUUAGUAGAAGGAGCCAGCAAAUGACUCCCAGUGCUGGAGGUAAGGACUCCCCCAAGGUGAGGGGUGAGGAGUCCGAGCUGUAGUACAGUGGGUAGGACCUUUGUCUUACAUGCUGCUGACCAGGGUUCAAUCCCUGGCAUCACAUAGUCCCCCCAAGCACCAUGAGGAGUAAUUUCUGAAUGUAAGCAGCGGGUGUGGCACAAAACUACCCCCCUCCUCCCAAAAAAAAUCUUUCCAGUGCCACAGAGAUAGAACAGCCUUUCAUGAGGCAGGCUUGGGUAAAUCCUUGGCAGUGCAUAUGGUCCCAGGAGAACCACCAGGCAUUCUGGUGUGGCCCCAACACACAAACCCCCUAGAGAAAAAAAUUUUAAAAAGCACGCCAGCCUCCAGCAGGCCUUCUGUGAGGCCCUUUGCCUCCGUUACUAAUGUCAUCCAGGGACAACCCUUUUCUUCCUGUGUCACGUGACUGAAAGUCGGACUUUGGCGUCUGCCUCCACAGUGAGGGAUUCCUGAGGUAGGUGCCUGGGGAGUUAGCGCACGCUUUAGUGCAAAACCUGGCCUUGCUCAAGGAGAGUGUUUCACAGGGUGCAUGCCUGGCAUACAUACACAGCGCUCUGGAUUCCAUCUCUGGCACCGCAUGACUUCCCUGCCACAGCUGGGCAUAACUUACGUGGCCUCCAGCAGUUCUUGGUUGGUCCUGAAAAAGGAAAAUCCCUAAGAGUCAUUUUGACUACCAGCAAGGGUGCUGAAAUGAGGGCAGGGACCAGAGAGUAAAGAGGGCAGGGAGCUGACCCUGCUUCCAUCUGAGCCCACCAGGAGUGACCCCUGAGCUAAGAGCCAGGAGUAAGUCCUGAGCACAGCUGAGUGGCACAAAAACCAAAAUCCUUUCCAUGGAAUGAGGGAGGGCUGGGCCUAGUCGUGGGGUCCACCGUAGGCCCCAUUCUGCACUCAGCCCCUAGGAGGCUCCAAUCUGUGAUCCUGUCCCUGUCCUGCCACGGCACAGUCCUUCCAGCAGAGGGAGCCCGAACCUAAGGCCGGGAUGUCGUCGUUGGGCUUCAGAGAGGUUUUUGCUUCCUUUUGUUUUUGGGCUUCACCAGGGGUUACUCCUCACCCUCCAGGAGUCACUCCUGGCAGUACUCAGGGGACCAUAUGAGAUGGCAGGGAUCGAACCCAGGUCAGU